GGGUGUGUGGAAUCAACUUUCCGGAAGCAACCAGCCCACCAGAGGAGGUAGACAGACAGCUAGGUCCCCAGAGAGAGAGGAUACGAUGCUGUGGAGGCUGGUUCAGCAGUGGAGCGUCGCGGUGUUCCUGCUGAGCUACUCGGUGCCCUCCUGCGGGCGCUCGGUGGAGGAGCUCGGCCGCCGACUCAAAAGAGCUGUGUCUGAACACCAGCUUCUCCAUGACAAGGGGAAGUCCAUCCAAGAUUUACGGCGACGAUUCUUCCUUCACCAUCUGAUCGCGGAAAUCCACACAGCUGAAAUCAGAGCUACCUCGGAGGUGUCCCCCAACUCCAAGCCUGCUCCCAACACCAAGAACCACCCCGUCCGAUUUGGGUCUGACGAUGAGAGCAGAUACUUGACUCAGGAAACCAACAAGGUGGAGACGUACAAAGAGCAGCCACUGAAGACACCCGGCAAGAAAAAGAAAAGCAAGCCUGGAAAACGCAAGGAGCAGGAAAAGAAGAAGCGGCGAACUCGAUCGGCCUGGCUGAACUCGGGCGUGGCUGGGUGUUGGCUGGAAGGGGACAACCUGUCUGACAUCUCCGCGACAUCGCUGGAGCUCAAUUCACGGAGGCAUUGAAAUUUUCAGCAGAGACGUUCAGAAGACAUAUUGCAGGAUUCUGUAAUAAUGAAUAUAUG